CAAAAAGACGUAGAAGAAGAAAAACGUUGGUUAGCAUAAACAGCUAGCGUAUCUUAUGUGUGUGUUAUCUUCUACAGAUUUAGCAACCCAGCAAGACAAAUUCAACAAACAACAUUUCAUACCCGCGAACACAUCAAACCCACUUUCGGUUUCAUAUUCUGAAGGUCACUUUUCUCCUGGUACAGUAACACUGUAACACCACUGGCAGUCCUGUGACCCAAGAAAAUAAUGUGCUGCAGCUGAAGAUGGGUGGUAGUGGCUCCAAAUCCAAAGGAUUUUGGCCUUUUUCUGGCUCAGGUAGUACGGAUGAUCCAACCAAAGAUGGAAGCGAGCAGUCAAUGGCGAGAGUACGAAGUUUCCCAGGCGCAACACCUUUUGUGUUUACUAGACGAAGCUCUAUGUUCUUUGAUGAAGAUGGUGACUUGGCCCACGAGUUCUAUGAAGAGACAAUUGUGACAAAAAAUGGACGUAAAAAAGCUAAGCUGAAGAGGAUUCAAAAAAACCUAACACCUCAGGGAAUUAUAAAGCUGGAGAUCCCUUGCAUCCAUGUAGAUUUCCCAGUUAUCCUCUGUGAAGCCUGAUGAUGCCUGAGCAGCGUCUCAGACAAGCCACUGUGUCAACUCCGUCCUGUGGUUUCCCCUACAGCUGGAAGCCUGAACCACCUUUUAAAACAACAUGAUCUCUUGAUAUAUAUGAUGCCCUUAUGUGGACAGGCUGAUGCAAUGUGUGCUGAGCCUCUGCAUGUGAUCUGUUUUGGCUUGUGUGCAGUUAGACACAGAAUAGGUCACCAGUGAGAUCUAGAGGGGUGCCAAGUUGGCAAAACCCUCUCAGUUUACAGAUCAUGGUUUGUGUGCAUGUACGUGUGAAUGUGUGUGCAGACACGGGAUGAAAUGUGACAGAGGCUGGGAUUUAUCGCAGCAGAUUGUUUUCUGGUAUGAUUCAUUGAACUCUAGGAGUUUGAGGAGAACGUAACCAGUUCUUCCCUCUGUCACGGUCAUAGCUAGAGCGGGAAAGUUUUAAGUGCACACUUUCUUUAUCCUUUUUUUUUCGACACCAUCAUGACUUGCUUUUUUAUGCAUGGAACAAGAUCUGCUUAUCAGUAAAUAGCCUAGGGAGUUGACAAUCAGUGGCCGUCAAAAUCUGAAGUGGAUUAAUGUCAUAUGUUGGAUGGACUGGCUUCAAUGACCUCAGAGCCACACAUGUACACAGCAGCAGUGAGUCUAAUGAGAGAUCCUGUUGUUUUGUUUGCUGCUUUGGCAUAAUAUGUUUCACUUUUAAUUUAUUAUAACUGUUUUUUAAUUACAAUAUCAAAUGCUAA